CGAUCGACAUAGCCACUGAGCUCUCAGUUCCUCAGUUAGCAUUCUGAUAACAGCAUGUGGUGACAGAGGAGCGUGAGGACAUCGAUAUUGUUAACGACAGAGCGCUGGGGCCAUGACGGACACACGGAAAUAUACAGAUAAAGACAAUCCAAAGGAUUUGUUUAAAAGGUUAUACACCAAAGCUAAUGCUCUUGGGUUGAGUGAAAAAGAUUGGAUGAAAUUGGAUGCUCUCAGAGACAUCAGAAAAAGUUCUUCACGGAAAUCUUCCAUUGUGAGAAUAUUGGAAAAGGUGUGUUUACUCUUGCUGAUACUUAUUGCUAGUCUACUGUUUAUUGUUGUGACUGAAUGGCCCGUGAGCAAUAACAAACUUCUGUUAAUUUGGUUUAAGAUUCAAGACCUUGACCCUUUUCAUGAGCAAUGUUUAGUAGAAAUGAGCGAGUCCAUCAGUGACUAUGUUCGCCCACCAGUGGACUGCAGUUUUUGUGAAGAAGUUACUCAAAUUGACAGAGUAUCAAAUAUUACGCGUGAACAGUUUGAAACUACAUAUGCAUAUUCUGGGCGGCCAGUGGUUAUCGAAGGAUCUACAGCCAAUUGGACUGCAAUGAAUGUUUUUUCUUUUAAAUUCUUCAAAAAAUUGUAUAAUCAAGAUAGUCCAACUUUGGUUAAUUCAGACACAAAUUGUCAGUUUUUCCCAUACUCUACAAGUUUUGACAAUCUUGGUGAAGUGUUUAACAUGAGCGAGGAUCGAGCAUUGAUGAAAGAUGGAUAUGAACCCUGGUAUAUUGGAUGGGGUAACUGUGAUUUCUCGGCUGCCAACAUCUUAAGGAAACAUUACCAUCGGCCAGACUUCCUUCCUGUCGACUCAGAAUCUAGUAAAACCGACUGGAUCUUCAUGGGAAGUCCUGGACAUGGCGCCCACCUACACAUAGACAAUGUGGACCUGAUGUCGUGGCAGGCACAGAUUACCAGCAGGAAACGAUGGUUACUGGAGCCACCCCCGGAAUGUUACUACAAGUGUGUCCACUCAAUGUCAACCGUGGUAUCACCAGGGCAGAUCAUAAUUGUGGAUACAAACAAAUGGUACCAUGCCACAUUGGUGGUAGGGGACGAGGUCAGCAUCUGUAUCGGCUCCGAGUAUGACUAGAGGUCCGAGUGAUUC